ACUUGUCCUUUAUACACGUGAUCGGUUUUUUUUAACUUUCAGGAAACAGGAGGAAAAGAAAGUUGCUUAUUUUGUGAAACGAGCAGGGACGAGGUUACUGUAGUUAGGUUUCAGUUUGUUCAUUUUUUGGACACUUAAAAAUUUAAUAAUAAAACAUGGAGACUUACGGCGCUUCAAAUGCCGGAGGUGCCUUCGAUUUUAUGCAUUUUGCGAAACAGCCGCAAACAAUUUCACGGGUUCUGAGUUGGGUCUUUGCCAUCAUAGUGUUUGCGUGCAUCACGGCGGAGGGCUACAUCAACCCACCGGGCAGCUCCGUGCAGGAAUGCAUCUUCGGCGGGAGCCUGGAUGCCUGUCACUACGGGGUGGGCGUUGGCUUUCUGGCCUUCCUCGCCUCCACCGCCUUCUUUAUCCUCGACAUCUACUUCCCACAGAUCAGCAACGCCAACGAGAGGAAGUACAUCGUCAUCGCCGACCUCGUCUUCUCAGGUGUGUGGACAUUUCUGUGGUUUGUGGGAUUCUGCUUUCUGACCAAUAAGUGGCAGACGGUGACAAAAAUCACCGUCAUUGGAUCAGACAGUGCAAGGGCCGUCAUUACCUUCAGCUUCUUCUCCAUCUUCACCUGGGGACUGCUGGCAUACUUUGCCCUGAGGAGGUACCGUCAGGGAAUGGGGGAGUUUCCCCAGAGCUACACAGACCCAGCCCCUGACACCACAGGCAGCUACGCAGGAUACCCUCCAGUCGGCGUCGAGAGCUACCAGCAGCCUCCCUUCGUCGCAAACCCAGAUCCGAGUAGCGAGGGGGGGUACCAGCCUCCAGUCUACUGAGAGAUUUAACACGGAGCCUGGACCAAAGACAAGGACUGGGCCCGGCACCAACAAGCCAUCGAUAGGAGGAGUGCAUAAAGGCCUGUUUCUGAAUUCUUAGUGUUUAUUGUAGACAGAAGCAUUUUUAUUUGGAACAUGUUAAUUUCUCAACCUCAAAGUCGUGUUUGCGUAAACAAAUCAAGUUUCUUAUCAUUCAGGGUUUGGGUGCGUUUGAGUCAUUUUUGCAGUCAUUUUUGCAUUCGUAUCUAGUCUUAUUUCCCUGAAACCACUGCAACACUACAACUGUAGUAUUAAAACGUAACAACCACAUUGUGUGUAUAUAUUUUUUUUCUACAGUAGUAAAUGCAGUCUCCGAGAUAAUACUGCAGGUGUAGAGGUGAAUUUGUUUCACCUAUACAGUAAUCACCUUGUUUCUAAACACAAUCCAGACAUGAUAUAUAGGUAGGUAAUGCCGUCCUAUCUGAAAUGCACAUGGGUAAUAAAAUAAUUUAAAUCCCAAGUUUAAGUAAAAUAUAAUCGAAUAGGAUAAAUCCAUUAAAUCGCACCUUUUCAAAAUGAAAUACGAUUAUGCACAUUUUAUAUUCCCUGAAGCAUCAACUCCAGCAACACAAGAGCAGAGUAGCAUGUAAGGUAUUGGGAGACCCUUUUCCUUUAUGUACUCCUGUCCUAUAUAUAUAUAUAUUUUAUUUUUAAUAUUAUUUUAUUUGCAUGUCAGUACAAGAGUUUUAGAGUAAAGGUCCAGUCCUUUCUUACGGUCUGCGUUGCAAUGGCCAGGGCUGCUGGGGUGCAGCGGGUAGCUGUCCCAUCCAGACCUCUUCUGUGGUCAGCGGUGUUCUAGCCUGUGGAGUUCUUGCUGGACUCUGUGUUUGGAAGCAGUGUGUGUUCCGUGCAGCAGGAGUAGGGCUGAUGGGAAUUUGAUCAGCUCUUUAGCCAAAUGGAGCACUCUGCUUCCCCUGACACAGCAUCUAGGAAGAGCCCUGGACUGUUAACUGUUUUUAAAAUCAGGAUUGUAAAUAAUUUCUGUAGAUUGUGCUCUUCUCCAAACCCAUCUGCCCCUAGUAGCCUUCAAGCAUUUGUAUGAAUGCCUCUGAAAUAUAAAGUUUGCGCACUGGAUACAAUGUGCCUUAAACCGUUCACUUUCACUUUUAAUGUUUAGGGGGUUUUUAGGGGUUUUUUUGUUUGUUUUAAAGCUGCUGGGUUCUAUGUAAAGCUGGUAUCCUGCAAUGGACGCUUACGUUUGUUCUUGUUUUCAUACGCUGUGCGUGCGUUUCUGUGUAUAUAAAGGACAAACUUUGCCUUACAAUUAUUAUUUUUUAGUUCAUAUUUUACAGAUCUGUGUGGGCUAUACAGUUAAGAACUUUUUUUUUAAGGGGACAUGGUUUAGUUAAAUUGAUUUAAAAUAUAUGAAGAAAAAAUAGAUAUAUAUAAACAAAGUUAUAAAAUGUGCCAAAGAAUGUUCGAUAGCUCCUACAUAAUUAUUUUGUAAUGAUUGCUUCCAUCUCUUGAACACUUCCCCGUUUCCCAGUAGAUAUACUGAAAUCGGCCCCCCUCAAAAGCGAUGCCUUAAAGAAACCAUUUCAAGAUGUUUUGAUAACCUAGCUGUCCUGCUUUAAACUGGCUGAUGAUUUCCAUUUGACUAUUUGAGCUUCUUCCUAUUUGGCACAGAACUGUGUAAAUGUUGUUUUGCGUUUUUAUGGUAAGUUUAGUUUAUAAGAAACAGAUUGCACUGUGCAGUAUUGGUUGUUAAUACAAAUUCAAAGAUGUUGAACUACUGUAAGGUUUUAUACCAAUUUUGGGGUUGGGGAGGGGAAUCUGUCAGUGUUGGAAGGGGAGGCGUAUUUUUUGUAGGCUGAAUAAAUUAACCACAUGUAUGUUUGGAAAGAGGCAGGUCUGGCAACAGAAAGUUUUGUUUUUAUUUUACUUCUAAAAGCUAGUGCUACUAAACAAAAAUCAAUUCCAGCAUGCCUUAACUUUGCUGGAAGAAAGCAAUGCUGCCAAGUUAUAUAUAUAUAUAUAUAUAAUAUAAAAUGCCAACUAACUUGCAUACAACUUCUUAUGGUAUGGUAACGACUGCAUUGGCUUAACUGCACUGGUUCCCUGUGGAUAAAUAGUUUUAAUGUUUUUCAUUGUUUAAUUGUUAGGGUGUAGUGGAGAGUAUUUGAUUAUCUGUGGUAAAAUACCUGAUUGGGACUCUGGAAAUUCUUACUGUGUCACAAAAAAAAAAAAAUAUUGUGCACCUCAACCAAAUGUAAUCUAGAUGCAAGGCCAAAGAUUUUGAACAUCACUGUUUAACACAAUAACCCAUAAAGGCACAAUGCUGCUUUUUCUGCUUGACAUUGUACUGAUUGGACUCUUCUGAAUCAGUUUGAUUACAAGCCAGUGUUUGAGAACUCCACAUCGAAAGAAGCCUGGUGCAAUCACUUGCUAGUGAACUGGAAAGCAGUUCAUUAGGAAUACUGGUGCUUGUAGCUGGUGGAAACAAGACAACAGUCACUGCUGGUUUCAGACCUCAAUUAGCAUAGGUUUUGACUAUGUAACCCAAGGUACCAUUAGGGGUGGGUUUUACACAGAUUAAUAGUAAUGGACUACUUUGCCUAAAUUAUCAUUAUGUAGUCUUAAAAUUAAUCGGGGGGGGGGGGGGGGGGUCUGUGAAGCCAGCUGUCAUCCACGUUAGACACUGAGCAGGGUCUGUAAAACCAGCAGAUUACAGUACCAGCUAUUUUCAUGAUCCAGCUUUCUGGUGGAAUUGCAACAUUAAUGUUGCACCUUGGGUCAGGUUUUAUUCGUUUCCAUUAUUUACCAUGUCUUUCCAAUCAAAUAAAAUAACAUUUUCAAAUGUGCAUCUUUUGUGUCAGUUUAUUUAACAUAUAUAAUACACACACAGUUUAAACAAAUAACAUGUUUAUUUUCAAUAUUCUGAAAUACUUGGCAGAUCAAGGUUGAUGGUAAACACUUAUGGCAUUUUUGUGAAAAUGUGCAAAAUGACAUGAGUUAGCAGCUCCAUCAAGUGAGACCACACUGCAGUAAUUUUAUUAUUAGUAGGUGGCAUUGUAAAGGUCCAGUCUCACUCUCAGAGAUCAAUUACAUGAAUAUGCAUGGACAACACUCACUCCACACCAAGUACCUAAUAAGACCUUCUCUCAACUACAGCUCCCAUCUGACAGCUGUGUUAAACAAUAUAAAUACUGUGCAUCUUCCUGUGGGUAUAGAGCUACAAACAACCAUGUGCAAUGUUAAACUUUGCACAGGAACAAUAACCCUUUUUUCUACCCACCUAGUUAUAGUAGCAGCUGUGUUAAUAGGCCAGCUUCUUUGCCAUGCAUUGCAGAAAUGGACAAAAACAUAAAUGCCUUUGGGAUGCUGGUUUAAAUGAAGCUCAGAUAAACACUGAUGGCCCUUGUGAAAGCAAUCAUGUUUUGUGACCAGUAUAAUAAAUUACUUUAAGGACAGGGACUGAUAAUAUUAUUGCUGCAUAUACAGUACAGACCUAGUGCAUUAAGAAUAGCAGCCAACAGCACGUGCUGUACCACUCAAUUAAACCAUUAAAAAAAAAAAAAAAAAAA